AUGCGCUACCUUUCUUCUAUCAUCGCGGCUUUUUUCUCCUUUGUUGCUGUAUUGCCGGCAGUACGCGCUCUUCCUCAGGUGAUCCCCUACGUUCUGAAGAGGGAUUCGGUGAACGCCACUCAUCGCGAUUUGGUCACGCUGGAGAAACGCUUCGACAACGGGAAAUUUUCCUUCUAUGACGCUGGACUCGGCGCUUGUGGAAAAACGAAUUCAGGCAGUGACUUUAUCGUGGCGUUGAACGCUGCUCAAUGGGACGGAGGUGCACAUUGUUUCCAAACGAUCACCAUUUCUUAUCAAGGCAAGAGCACACAAGCACAAAUUACAGACUUGUGCCCUGGAUGUCCCUAUGGUGGCCUCGACCUUACUCGUGGACUGUUUAGCUAUUUCGCCGAUCAAUCCGUUGGUAUCAUUUAUGGAUCGUGGAACUUUGGUAGCUCAGCGCAAACUGCUGUUGUAACGACGCCGGUAGCAACGCCUACAACGACAACGACAAAGACGCCAACGCCGACGCCGACGCCGACGUAUACACCGACAACGACAACAACGACAACUCCUACACCCACGCCAACGCCAACGCCGACACCAACGCCGACAACGACAAAAACACCUGCUACUUCCUCAUCAUCACCAGCUGCGGCCCCAGCGAACGCCCUAUCAGCUGACGUUAUAUCCCAACUGAACAGCGUUGUCGUCGAACUCGGAUCAAUCGUUGUUGCUGCAGCUCAGGAUGCCACAAACUAG